AUGGAAACAUUUGGCAGCACUUGUUCCAAUAUCCGUCCAUUCAACAACCACAUGCUCCAGCUGAGCGCUUGGGAGACCAUCGGGGUGCAACCUGGCCGGGGCGGGGUGGAGGUGCAUGCCCUGGCCGGAGUGGGCCUGGCCCCGGGGAGGGGACAUCACCGAUCCGACCGCCCGGGCCGGGGCAGCAGAGGGCGCCAGAGAGCCAGGAGCGGCCCGCGGAGGAGCCCGCGCCGGCCCCGAUGCCCAGCUCCGCGCCGCGCGGACCCGCCGAGCCCGCGCUCAGACGCCCCAGCUCCGCGGAGAGGCCGCUCGCGCCGGGUCCUGCGUCUCCCGAAGUGCAGGCAGAGCCCCCGGAGCCAUGGCCAGCCCUUCCGGCAGCGCCGAAGCCACGGGCAAGCCCCGAGGCAGGGACGGCCGGCCCAGGAGGGAGGAGGACGACGUCCCUCCCGAGGAGAAGAGGCUGCGGCUGGGGCCGGAGGGGGCCGGCGCGGGGCCCGAGGACGGGGAGGACGCGCCGCGGCCGGGCCGGGAGGAGACCGGCACCCAGACAGGUGGCGACGGCAGAGCGGUGAGAUCUACUGUCCCUGCCAUACAGCCUGGUCGAGGGUCAGGACUACAAGUCUGAAAACUCACCCCUCCUCCCCAGUGCCAAGAACAUUCUGCAAGACUCUGUUUCGGCAAGUCAGGCUACAAGCAAAGUCGAGGAAACUGCUCGAAGAACUCAUGCAAGUGGAACUUACAGUUUCCUUGAUCAGACUCAGCAUUCAGAUAUCAAAGCAGACUGCAAUACCUGCGUGGAAAUAGAAGACAGAAAGGUAAGUCAAUAUU